GAUGUUUCCCGCAAUGAGAGUGAAGAUCUCAGGUUUAGACCCACAUCAGCAGUAUUAUAUUGCUAUGGAUAUUGUGCCAGUGGAUAACAAAAGAUACAGGUACGUUUAUCAUAGCUCCAAGUGGAUGGUGGCUGGUAAUGCUGACUCCCCGGUACCGCCUCGUGUUUAUAUUCACCCCGAUUCACCCGCCUCGGGGGAGACGUGGAUGAGACAAGUGAUCAGCUUCGACAAACUGAAGCUUACCAAUAAUGAGCUGGACGAUCAAGGCCAUAUUAUCCUUCACUCUAUGCAUAAGUAUCAGCCUCGUGUUCACGUCAUCCGAAAAGACUGUGGAGAUGAUCUGUCCCCUGUCAAGCCUAUCCCUUCAGGAGAAGGGGUGAAAGCCUUCUCCUUUCCAGAGACAGUGUUCACUACUGUCACAGCGUACCAAAAUCAACAGAUAACUCGUCUGAAGAUUGAUAGGAAUCCAUUCGCCAAAGGGUUUAGAGAUUCGGGACGUAACCGAAUGGGACUGGAAGCUCUCGUAGAGUCUUACGCCUUCUGGAGACCUUCACUGAGGACACUUACUUUUGAAGAUAUACCUGGGAUACCCAAACAAGGAAAUGCAAGUUCCUCUACUUUACUCCAGGGAUCUGGCAGUGGAGUGCCAUCUACCCACCCUCACCUGUUGCCGGGUUCCCCUUGCUCCUCUCCAGCCUUCCAUCUCAGUCCCAACACUAGCCAGCUCUGUAGCCUUGCUCCAGCUGACUACACAGCUUGUGCCCGCUCAGGCCUGACCCUGAACAGAUACAGCACUUCUUUGGCUGAAACCUACAACAGGCUCACAAACCAAACCGGUGAGACGUUUGCACCCCCGAGGACUCCCUCCUAUGUUGGUGUGUCGAGUAGCACAACUGUGAAUAUGUCUAUGAGCGGCAAUGAUGGGGAUGCAUUCAGCUGCCCGCAGACUGGUUUAUCAAUGCAGAUUUCAGGGAUGUCUCCGCAGCUCCAGUACAUCAUGCCAUCCCCAUCCAGCAAUGCCUUUACCACUAACCAAACCCACCAAGGCUCCUACAACACAUUUAGGCUGCACAGUCCCUGUGCACUCUAUGGAUAUAACUUCUCCACAUCCCCUAAACUGGCUGCCAGUCCUGAGAAAAUCGUUUCUUCCCAAGGAAGUUUCUUGGGGUCCUCGCCAAGUGGAACCAUGACGGAUCGGCAGAUGUUGCCCCCCGUGGAAGGAGUGCACUUACUUAGCAGUGGGGGGCAGCAGAAUUUCUUUGACUCUAGGACCCUAGGAAGCUUAACACUCUCAUCUUCUCAAGUGUCUGCACAUAUGGUUUGAUGAAGCCUUUAAGUAAAAGUACGGUAUGUUUGGUGUCUACAGUGUAUUUCUUUUGGAAUAUGAAAGGACACUUGAUGUAGCUUGUAAAGUGUGUGUGUAUA